GAUACCGUCAUCGUUCGCACGCAGAAUGGUCAAGACCCUAUUGUUGACGUAAAUCUGGUCCAACAUGUAACCGAGCAGUCUGUUGUUAUGAAACGUUGCCACGACUACCUGCACUUCACGAAAGACUGCGGGACCUGGGAGGAAGCUGUCUGCACAAUCAACUGCAGCGCCAGCGUCUCCGAUGUAGACCUCCGUCCCCCCCCCACCGUGAACGCCACACGGAUCUGCUUCACCGAGGACUGGUGCGUGACGCAGCUAACCCUCGGCCUGUGGUGCGGCGGCGUCCUCCUUCUUCUUCUUGCCGUCUCGGGGGGGCUGUCCUGGACAUACCGCAAAUACAGGAGACGUCCCGCUGCAGAGGACAGCGUUGCAUACACUCCUGCAAAAACCCAGAUGGUAUAAUAUAGAAUAUAUAAUAUAUAAUAUAGAAUAUAUUAUGAAAUCGUUGAGCUACUAAACAGAGGCUGGAUGAAAACUACCUCGUCUAAAUGUGAUGAUGUGUUACGUAUGUAUUGGAAGGACUAAUAUAUAUUAAUAAUAGUACAUCAUUGUAAAUGGAUAUGUCUUAAUGUUAUAUCUUUAUGAUAUAUAAUGAUAGUUAUGAUAUUAAAUAAUAUUAGAUUAUAUAUUUUAUGACUAAUAGAGCUUCAGAGAAUGGAAGAGGAAAUAUAUACUAUGUUUUAUAAGAGGAGUUUUAAAGGUUUUCAGGGGGGUUCUUCCAAGGUCCAGGAGCCCAAAUAGAGACGUCCAGGUGUUUCCAGACGUUUGUGGAACACAUCAGGAUGUAAACAGAAACAAAGGAAAUGAUUUCCUGUUUUUAAAAUGGUGCUUUUGAUGCAGGAAUUAUGAGACUUUGUCUUCAUUUUGUUAAACGAGCUGCAGCGUCCGUCCAGUCUGUGGUUAGACCAGGACGGACCCUUCUGGGUUCAGGGCCAAAUACCGAGCCCCCCCAGAAGAUGGUUUUAGCCGUUUAAGGGCAGCUUAACCCCCGAGGUUAACGUUGUCCUCAUGUUGUCCUCAUGUUGUCCCCAUGUUGUCCCCAUGUUGUCCUCAUGUUGUCCUCAUGUUGCCCUCAUGUUGCCCUCAUGUUGUCCUCAUGUUGUCCUCAUGUUGCCCUCAUGUUGCC